AUGAAUAGCUCCUCACUGUUCAAUGACCUGCGAGUGUUGCCCGUGGACUACCACCGCCAAGUCGCUCGCGAACUCGUGACUUUCUUCCACGCUUUCUACCGCUUCGGGGCAGUCUCCAACCGCUUCGAUUUGCACUCUGAAGCCUAUCGCACGUUUCUUCAGAACCUCCUGCUCGGGUCGCUGAUCAUUGGCGUCGUCGUGUUUACGUUUCUCUGCGUCCUCGUUGUGCGCCGCACAAUUCUGCACAUUCAAAGGACUCAAAAAUGCCGCAUGGAAAUGGACACGACGUCAAUGGAGCUGCUGGCAGUCGCGUUGCUGAGUGUGUUGGCGAUUAGCGCCCUGGGGGGACUAUUGGGAGAAGCUCACGUGAAGUACAGCACCAGUGUCGUGAUGGAGACCAUGACCAAUGCCAGUGAUUUGUUCCAAGACGCACGAAGUGUGACGAUGCAAAGUCUGCACACGAGUGACGCUUUGCGGAUCAAUGCUGACAAUUUGAUCACGUCAUUUGACGAGAUCGAAUUGCCAGCUGAGGCCUUUAAGUUAUCGAUUGAAGCGCUGAGACUCGUGCACGCAUCGAAAGAUCUGUACAACCAAUCGGAUGCGAUGCUACCGAAGAACUACUUGGAUAUGGCCAAUGACUGGCAGCUGAGCUACUUUAUGCUGGAGUCGUCGACAAAUGGUGCUAUUCUGGCUGUUGUGCUGGCCAGCUUCUUGUCCAUCGCGUCUGUUGGGUGGGCAAUGGUCUCACCCCUGCGUCUAUCGAUUCUAGUGAUCUUAAGUGUCGUGCCGGUUUCGCACACGCUUGUUGGCGCCUACUUGUCAUCGACGAUCAUGGUGGCGGACUUUUGUGCUGCGCCGAUGAACAAUACGCUCGAACUCGUGGGCUCGACGCCAUUCGCAAACUACUAUAUUAAAUGCCCUGCAAAUGCUUCUCUUCCUUUUGCUGACGCCUUGGCUGGUCUUCGGCAAACUGCGGGAGAGGUGGUUCUGCUGCAGCAAGAGCUGGAACACAAAGCUUCUCACCAAGGAGACGUUGGACGUCGCAUGAAAAAAGGCUUUCUGGAUCCGAUCGGUAAUCAACUGGAGCUUGUGGAUGACCUGCUGAACGAGUUUGCAGCUUUACAGAGUUGCAAGAACGUGUCGACUGCGUUCGAGGAUGCUGCUAACACGCUCUGCGAGUAUGGCAUGCUUGGCUUCUUUUCCAUGUGGGUGCACCAGAUUUUGUUGUGCCAAAUUUUAUUUGCGUGCGUCGUGGUGUCCGUGCUGAUGUAUGAGCGCGUGCACGCCCGCGAGAUCGACCUUGGCCAGCGCUACCAUCUUGUAUCAAGCUACGACGAGGAUGACAUGGAGCAUGUCUACCUUUCGGCGGAGUAG